UCACGUAGCACUUCGUCUUUCGAGAAAAUACGAAACGAUCUUUGAUUCGAUAUCAACAAUUUAUUGACUACGUCAUCUACGCCAUCUUUAACAACACAGUAAACUACGAUUUAUCUGUUGCCGCGUUUUUAGGAAACGUUCUAUUACAUUUUAUUUUAAGAAGCGUAAUAAGUAUUUCUCGUUAGAAUAUUAUUCGAUAAAUAUGACAUCGGCAUUGGAAUCUAUGGUUGUCGAUGAAAAGCAGCUUCCUGAAAAGCCGGUAGAUCGAGAGAAGACGUGUCCUCUCUUGCUUCGAGUUUUCUGCAAUACUGGACGACAUCACAAUAUUAUGGAAUACAGUAGAGGAAAUGUACCUUCCAAUGAAUUGCAAAUAUAUACAUGGAUGGAUGCUACUUUAAGGGAAAUUACAGGCCUGGUUAAGGAAGUAAAUCCAGAUGCACGGAGUAAAGGAACGUAUUUUGAUUUUUCUUUGGUAACUCCAGAAUUAAGAAAUUCUGGUUAUAGAAUGAGAGAAAUUGGUGUUACAUGUUCGGGACAAAAAGGAGCAGAUGAUAAUAAAACUCUUGCACAAGCACGGUUUACUAUAGGUGAUUAUUUGGAUAUAUCUAUAACACCACCCAAUAGAAUGAUGCAACCUGCUAUCAGACGUGGCGGACUUCGUCAAUAUUAAUUUUGUAUAAAUUUUCUCUGAUCUCUAUAAAUCUAUAUAAGUGGCUAUAAUGAUAAAUUUAUCGUAGGAAAUAAAGCGACUUUAGAAAGUGUAUAUUUCUAAGAAGCAUAAAUUAUGUUUUGUAAUAAUAAAUGAUACGAUUGAAAGAA